ACUCAGGAAGCAGCUGGCUGCCGGCCGGCCCUCGCGGCCGCACACACAUCCACACUCCUCGCCGGGCAGCCUCCCUCCCGCCCUCUUCCCCCUUCCCCUCUCCCUGCAGCCGCGUCCCUACUGCGCCGCCGGGGCAGCCCAGAGCGCGGCGCGCAAGGGCACCGGCGCCAGGGGCCGCGCACCUCGGGGCCGCGGCGGGCCCGGGUCCAGGCUCGCACCGGCGCUCUCUAGCCGCGACCCAGCUCAGGCAGCCAGCAUCCCGAGCCCGGUCCCAUCCAGGCAUCGCCCUCGGCCCAGAGCGAGGAUGAACACCCCGGGCCAGGCACGAAGUCGCCUCUCAACUUUGUAAAGACAUGACUGGAGUGUAUCUGAGUGUAGCGCGGACAGGGAGCUGAUGCGGAGAGUCGGCCCGCUGCCCAGCCUCCUCCUCCCAGGGCCGCCGCCGCCGUCGCAGCCUCGCGCGUGCACAUACACGGCCCUCGGGCCGCGUUUCCGCGCUCCGGCCGCGGGCUUGGAUGCGAAUUUUCCUUUCCGAAGGAGGCAGAGCUCGCGUGGAGCGCUGAGGGGCUCAGCCUCCACCCACGCGUCGCUAGUGCCGUCACGCGCGGGCUGGCCGGGAGAAGGGACCCGCUCGCCUAGCUUUGUUGUGGAAAUCCGGUUACCUGACUUAUCACCUAUCCCAUGGAUAAGUUCCUUGCCUUGCCGUGAAAGAAUCAAUAGUGCCAUUGGGUAUUGAUCUGCGUGGCCUCCGGGCUUUCAGAAUGAAUGAAAGGUCAUGUGGCAUGAAUCUCCACCGGACAUCAAGAACCCCACAGAGGCCCGGGCUACUCAGUGGCCAGCAUGUCCUUCCCGCCAGAGCUCACUCAGGCACUCCCUGCUCCUCUUCCUGUGCCAGCACACCGAGCCCCACUCUUGGAAGUCUUGCUAACAGUCUUCACCUCAAGAUGUCCUCGGGAGCAGGGAUGGCUCCUCAGAGCAACAUGGCUGCGAGCCCCAUCCAUCUGCCUGCCCUGAGCCCCAGGAGACAGUUACUAGCCAACGGGAAGCCUCAGUUCCAGGUAACCCAGGCCGGGGUUAUGGCAGCAUCGCAUACUUUAAAGCCCAAACAGCAAGAAUUUGGAGACCCCUUCUCUCCAAAUCCAGAGAAAGGGGCUCUUGGCUUUGGGCCUCAGUGCAAGUCCAUUGGAAAAGGCAGCUGCAACAAUCUAGUGGUCACCAGCAGUCCCAUGAUGGUUCAGCGGCUGGGACCCAUUUCACCUCCUGCAAGCCAGGUCUCCACAGCAUGCAAGCAGAUCAGUCCUAGCUUACCGAGGGCAGUGAACGCAGUCAACCUGAAUAGACCUCCUUCAGACACCAGGUCCGUUAUUUUGCAAGAGUCUCUGGUGUCCACGACUUUGAGCCUGACAGAGAGUCAGUCGGCCUUGAGUGUGAAGCAAGAGUGGUCUCAGAGCUACAGGGGUUUUCCUUCACUUUCAUCCAACCACAGCUCCCAGAAUGGCAUGGACCUAGGGGACCUUCUUAGCUUGCCUCCGGGCACGCCAGUGUCUGGCAACAGCGUCUCUAACUCCUUGCCACCCUACCUUUUCGGCAUGGAAAACAGCCACUCUCCUUACCCCAGUCCUCGGCACUCAGCAACCAGGCCCCACUCCACCCGCUCCAAAAAGAGAGCGCUGUCCUUGUCCCCGCUGUCCGACGGCAUCGGGAUUGACUUCAAUACUAUCAUCCGUACUUCACCCACAUCCUUGGUGGCCUACAUCAAUGGAUCAAGAGCCUCCCCAGCCAACAUGUCUCCGCAGUCGGAGGUCUAUGGGCAUUUCCUGGGUGUCCGUGGCAGCUGCAUCCCCCAGUCUUGCGCAGUGUCCAGCGGGCAGAAAGGUGUGCUGGUUACCAGUGGAGGGCAUACGCUGCCGGGCUACGGAGAGGAUGGCACACUGGAGUACGAACGCAUGCAGCAGCUGGAGCACGGUGGCCUGCAGCCUGGAUCUGGAAACAGCAUGGUGUUGCAGCCCGGCCUACCGGGCCAGGAUGGCCAGACAGCCAACAUGCUCAAAACUGAGCGCCUGGAGGAGUUCCCGGCCAGUGCCUUGGACCUGCCCUCUGCACCGCCUCUCCCUCUUCCCCCGCCUCAGGGCCCCCCACCCCCAUACCAUGCCCAUCCACAUCUUCAUCACCCAGAGCUCCUGCCUCACACUCAAUCGCUGCCCCUGGCCCAGGCUGGCCUGGAAGAGGAUGGGGAGCUGGAAGAUUCAGGGGGUAAGCACUGCUGUCGUUGGAUAGACUGCAGCGCCCUUUAUGACCAGCAGGAGGAACUGGUGAGGCACAUCGAGAAGGUCCACAUAGACCAGCGCAAGGGGGAAGACUUCACGUGCUUCUGGACUGGCUGCCCUAGAAGAUACAAGCCUUUCAACGCACGAUAUAAACUGCUGAUCCACAUGAGGGUCCACUCUGGGGAGAAGCCCAACAAGUGUACGUUUGAAGGUUGCAAGAAGGCCUUUUCCAGGCUCGAGAACCUCAAGAUUCACUUGCGGAGCCACACGGGUGAGAAGCCGUACCUGUGCCAGCACCCAGGCUGCCAGAAGGCUUUCAGCAACUCCAGUGACCGUGCCAAGCACCAGAGGACACAUCUUGACACUAAACCUUAUGCCUGUCAAAUUCCAGGAUGCACAAAACGCUACACAGAUCCAAGCUCCCUAAGAAAGCACGUGAAGGCACAUUCUUCCAAAGAGCAACAAGCAAGGAAAAAGCUACGGUCCAGCACUGAGCUCCAUCCAGAUCUCCUCACAGACUGCCUCGCUGUGCAGCCUCUGCAGCCAGCCACUUCCCCCAGAGAUGCUGCUGAUCGCACCGUGGGACACUCCCCAGGGCCUGGGCCUGAACUCUAUUCAGCUCCCAUUUUCGCCAGCAAUCAUUCAACCCGAAGUGGAACAGCUGCUGGGGCCGUGCCACCCCCACAUCCUGUCAGUCACCCUUCUCCGGGACAUAAUGUACAGGGGAGCCCCCACAACCCCUCCUCCCAUUUACCUCCACUCACAGCUGUGGACGCAGGCACUGAGAGGUUUGCACCUCCGACUCCAUCUCCUCACCACAUCAGCCCGGGAAGAGUUCCAGCUCCUCAGUCACUGCUACAGAGAGCACAAGCUCCCCACACCCAGCAGCCACCAGGCUCACUCCUGAAGCCCUACCAGCCAGAAACCAACUCUUCUUUUCAGUCAAAUGGUAUCCAUGUCCACGGAUUCUAUGGCCAGUUGCAGACAUUCUGCCCCCCGAAUUACCCUGAUUCCCAAAGAUCGGUGCCAUCCAGCAGCUCCUGCAGUAUGGUGCCUUCCUUUGAGGACUGUCUGGUCCCCACGUCCAUGGGUCAAGCUGGUUUUGAUGUUUUCCACAGAGCCCUCUCAACACACUCAGGCAUCACAGUGUACGAUUUGCCUUCAGCUUCCUCGAGCCUCUUUGGUGAAUCUCUUCGCAGUGGCCCCGAAGAUCCCACGUUCUUGCAGCUCAGCGCUGUGGACCGCUGUCCUAGCCAGCUCUCCUCUGUGUAUACCGAAGGCUGAAAGCUCCCAGGCUUCUCCUGCACAUUUGGGACCUUUAAGUGACUUGUCACCUCUUAUUUUCAUACUCUCGCAAGCCGUGUGAAGAACGUCAACCAAAUCCAUAGAGCCAGUAGGGUCACUAGGACUAUGGAAGGCAGGACUGGACGGUCAGACCUGGCUUUUCAGAAAUGCUCGCAUCUCUACCAACUUCCCUCAGUUUGCUGGGCCAGGUGACCAGCAGGAAUUUCUUUUCAAAGGGAAUCUAGAGUCUCACUUUUAAGGAUGCCUGUUACUUCCAGCUCUCAAAAGACACCAAUGAAUAUGCAUGAAUGGGAUGCCCCUUGCUAAAGACUCUCAGAGGAGAAGACAGCCUAGGUACCAGAGGCAAAAUGUGCUGCCUUGCCCGUGUUUUCUCAUGAGACUGAUGCACAGCCAUGAACCACGGAGGGGGAAAUCCAUGUCCAACACCCGGUGUGCCUCGGACUCUCUCAAACUCUGGCUUUACUAUUUGUCUUACAUAGCCUGUGCUAACUAGUUGCUUCUCAGUGGCUUCUCCAAUGGCAAAAUAAGGUUUUAUAUUCUGUAACCUUCUUUGUUUUUGAACUUUAAAGACUUGCUAUUUACAUCUACUUUUAAAGGAAAAAUAUUUAAAGGUUUAUUCUUUUGAUAGACGUUAUUACCAGUUUAAUCACCUCUGGCUACAUGUAUUUUUACCACAGAUGCAGCUCUUGGUGGCCUAGCUUUACGGUUCAGUAAAGGUUAUCUGAGGGAAACAGAAUAGUUCGCGCGCGCACGCACACCCACACACCCACCCACACACCCACACACACACGCCUGCCUCCAGGAUUAUUGCAAGAAUCCUCAUAUGCUGGGUAUAGGGGCAUGCAUCUGUAAUACCAGCAUGUAGAAGGUACUCUGAGUUGAAGCUAGCCUGGCCUACACAGUAAGUUCCAGUCCAGUCAGGGGUAGAUAGUAAAACCUUGUCUGAAGAAAAACCCCCUCUCAUGUAUGAUUGCUCAGUGGUUCUACUUGGAAGCCUUUUCAUUUGAAGGGAUCAUGCACGGCCUUUGCUCCAUUGCUCUGCCUGGGACAACAGUAGGACACGCUGAGUCACAUGUGUGCUUGUUCAGAAAGCCAAACUCAGGGCACCUCUUUUUGUUGGUCAUUCCUUGUGCUUUUGCCCACUUCCCUAAGGUGAUCCAGUCAUCAGCCUGUCUUCUACACUGCUCUGCUCCAUUUAUACAUCCUCGCUCCCUUUUUCCUGACUGUGGUCAGACACGCUGACGACCCACCAAAUGCUACCAACUCCUGGGAAGGUUCAAAGAAGGCAGGCAGUGUUUUGGAACUCUGCUUCGAAGGCCUGGCAUUUUUUUCACAGAGCAUAAAACUGUGAUAAGCCUAAGUAAGACAUAAUUUUCUAGUGACAUUUUUAGAAAAACACUUCAAAAGGCCCUGUGUCCUAAGGAGAAGGAUACACAAAUAGGCCAGACUCGGGGGGGUGGAAGGACCUGGUCAGUUCCAACAUUCUGGUUCACACACAUUUUAGAUUUUUUUUUCUCUUUAAAAAUGUUUUAAAUAGUACUAAAACAAAAUUCUUCCUGAAACUGGGCUCAUUAUCACUUUCAAUGAGACAGUUAAACAGCUCGGUGUCAGAUGUGGGUCUUGCAACUGCUUGUUUCCUCAUAGACAGUCCUGUGAGCCUGGCCCCAAAUCAGAAGGGCUCCACCUCAUGCCCUGCUUCAUUCCAAGGUGGCAUUGAAUGGGGCAGAUAAAGAACCCAAGAGGGGAGUUCUUUCCCUUUUUGGUGUUUUUUGGUUUGGUUUGGUUUUUUUGCAGCACAUUGGUUGGCCUGGAGUUACUGAAGAGGCCAUGUUCUUGAGGAAACUUAGGCAAGCAUCUAAGUCAAAAGACUUCAGAUUCUCUUUGUUAGUCUGAGAUUUGAGGAAGGAGCCCCUGUAUUGAGCUUCCUCUGCAGGUGAGCUCUUAGGCUGCUAGAAACUACCACCCUUCUAGAGCUUGUGUGUUGUCACACUUGGUCACACGUACUCUGACACUGGCUUAUUCGAUAGCAACCCUCAUUUGACCUUUGUCACACUCUAGAAAGGAAAGAGACCACACUCUUGAGGGAGGAGUCUAUCCAUUCUUAAACCCUGAAGCUUUUACAAGGCACUCCCACCACAUUCCGUACAGAUGAUGAGGAAGGAACGGGAGAGGCACCAUGGUUCUUACAGCCAGUCCUCUCUACUCUGGCUUAUGGAUGGCAUAGCAAGGAAUGGGGCCACAGGCCAUGCAUGACUUCUCUCCCUGCAGUGGAGACAUGAGACCUGGGAGCCAGGCUCUGGACUCAUGGUAGCUUUCCAAGUGACAUUGCCUUUCCUGGGUCACCUAGGUAGGAGGGAUCCACAGAGAACCUGAUGUCAUCGGGGCCUUCUUACUAGGUCAGAUCUCUAGGCCAGCCCCAGAUCCAGCUCCAGAGGGAUGUUCUUGCUGUCAGAAAGUGAGUGGAGCUAGGCCCUGUGCAACCCCUCAAAGACCCUCUUAAUAUAUUUCUGAAUAGCCACUGCUCUGGGGUAGAGUCAUGACACAUACUGGGUCCUUCAGAUUGUGCAAGCUGGCUGUCCUUAGGCUCCAGAAUGUCCCCUCAGCUUGAAGCGCGUUCUUCGCUUGCGUUGGCCUUCACAUGAAGUUCCGUCUGUGUUUUAAAACAUUGAAAACAGAAUUAUUCCCUGCCAUUCCUCGCCCUCUUAGUCCUCAGGGGUAGCCAUCUUCAUAAACAUCCAAAUGCAAACUGUCAUUCUGUUUUAAAAACACAAACACAAACAACAGUAAGAACCAGAGCUCCUGAAAACACACACAACACAAAGUUAAUUGUUUUAUUCCAUAAAAUAGGGUCAAUAUGACUUCAUCCAUCGUCAUAACUCCCUAAAGGGAUUGCUUCAAAGUGUCACUUGUAAUGUACCCUAUGAUCAGCCCUUAAAUACUGUUUAAGCGUUCCCUGGCCAAGUGAGAUAUGGUCCCUUACAUGGGUCUCCACCACAUGGCCCAGGUGAUUCUUAAGUGAAAAACAAGGUAUUUGGUUGACCACAGCAGAAAGUCUCCUGACAAGAGUGUUGGUCACAUUCAGUGUCCUCAAGUGACCAUCUGCUAAAUGUACUCAUGCACGCUUAGAACAGGGCUAACCUGUCUCCCUGUCCCAGAACUCGUGCCCCCAUCCCGUCCCCUUUAUUGCCUGGAAGUAUUGACAAUGUUCAGUUUUAUUAUUUGGUGUUUGAUUUGAUCUGACUGUUUAGAUCAAUGUUGUUAUUGCCGUGGAUAGAGUAACAGAGACAGAGAAAACCAAACUCAUUGGAGAAAAUGGCGCGUGUUAAAAUGAAGAGAUUUAUUGUGUACAGACAGAGGAGCGUCCUCUGUAAUGUUGCUGACAUAGAGCACUUUGGGGGGAGGGGAGAGCGGAAAUCUGUUUUCUAUAAAUCACGUAGGCCCUCGUACAUUGUUAUAUACACUCAUGUAGAGAAACGAGCUGCAUCGAUCAUACUGGAUACGGGGCCGGUUUGACUGUAGGGGCACAUGUGGUGCUUAUUGUCGUAAAUCUUUUAAGGAAUUAGGUACACUUUUUUCUAUUAAUAUGUAUAGUUUUACGAUUUGUCACAGUUAUGUUUCAUAUAAUCAUAAGUUAUUUUGUCUUGUUUCAUGAAGUCCUUUUUUUUUUAAUGUCAAAAGUAAAAUGAAGGGAUUGUGUACUUGGCAAAGAAUAAAACUGGAACUAGAGCCUGCCCCUCCCGCCUGAAGCGCUCCUUCGGCGCUGGUUUAAAACAAUGGUAACCAGCGUUGUUUGUUUGUUUGUCUUACUGUUCUGUCACCAGCCUCCUCUGGAUUGGGGAUGGUGAUUAUAAUUAAAAGCAAAUGGGAGGGGGUGUCCAAGGCCAGCUUUAAAAUGCCGCAUCGCUCUGGGCCAGAACUGAAGCCUGGAUUUAAUUAUAGAUAUGAGGACGAAAUGGCAGUAAAAAUGAAUGUCUCCCCGAAUCCUUUACAUGUUGGGAGUGCCCAUAAAUAAAACAUGAAGUUUUAUUUCAUCACAUUUAAUUAAAGCUUUUAUACAUGUUUUA